ACCAGAAUCCAGUCAAGUCCAGAAUGCAAAACCAAGGUUUAAUUCUUAUGCCAGCUAGCUGGGAGUUCCCCCAUGUGAUGCAGUGCUGUAAGGAGAGCUCCCAUUCCUCAUUUGAGGUUGAUAUAUAAAGGCAAAAACUGCAAGCCAGGUUGGUUUUGCUGAGUACAGGGUAUGGACCACUUCUGUUUCUGUGCAUGCUCCCCUCCCCCGCCAACCCCUCCAGUUAUUUCUGCUCUUGUCUAGAUCACAAAGCUGGGUGAUGACAGGUGGCUAGCUUCUAGGAACAUUUUGUGGUUUAUACUUUUGCAGAGGUUCCUGUUUUCAAAUAGUUCUUGAAGCUGCAAAGAGAUUAAAGCCAAUGUCUUAACCAUCUCCUGACCAAGCAAAGCUUUUUAAAAAUUUUUAUGUCCUUAGAAUUCUAGCAUCUCUUCCUUACAGUAUGUUUGAAUUUUCUCUGACUCACUAGCUUAAAGCUAUAGUCAUCAAGCACCUUGUAUUAGCUGAGUACAAUUGAUUUUGACAUACAAAAUAGAGUUUUAAUAUCGGCAUUUAAUGUUUCAGGCACAAGCAACAGCUAAACCAUAUUCGGAAUUCUUAAGAGAGAACGGCACAACUUCAAUAAUAAAUGCGAUGGAAGCCAAUGUUAGAUACCUAAAAUCUAUGCUCCCUAAACUGAAAGCUAGCAGAGCACUAAAUUUAUUCAAACUGGAGCGAUAUAAAUACCUCUAUCAAGAAGAAUUAAGCUUCAGAAAAUCACUUCAGUGUUACCUAAACGAGAGUUACAAGAAUUUGGAGAUGAGCAGAACAAAACUUAACAUGGAAAUGCAGCCCAGCAGAUCCGCAGUAAAUGCACAAAACUCAAGGCCUUUCACCGGGUGCUCUUCUGCUGGCUAUUUUGAUAGCAACCCAGGACCCAGAGUAAGUCUUCUUCCAAGAGAAUACAUGUCAGCAUUGCCCUCAGACUCUCAGCUAUCAACCAGUGGCCUAGAACCCUGCCUAGGCAUGAUGCAGCAACAGUCCCAAUUUAAUUAUAAAUGGAGAAGCAAUAGAGGAACUGACACCCAACCAUAUUUCUAUUGACAAAUAAUGAACAAUUUGAAACUAUUGAAGGAAUUUCUAUAGCAGAUAAGAAAAUGGAUUAUCUACUGAUUAUACUUUAUAUUUCAGUAUUGAGAGAUUAUUAUCUAUCAUAUAUUAGAUGUGGCUUAUAGAAAUUUUUAUAUAAAUACACGAAUAAAAUGUAUAUGAGUAAAGCAAGAAUUGUAGGCAUGCCAAUAUUCCGAAAAUUGAAAAGAAUUUUAAGGAAUGUUUUCCAAAACUGUAUAUGUUCAAUAUAGCACACUCAGUUAUAAAUAAAAUGCUUUAUUAAAUAUUCCAUGAUCGUGUCUUCAAGCUGCUUGAAAUCAGUAGUCUGUCUUUGGUAAAAAUAAGUAAAUAAGUAAGUAAAUAAAUCCCACAUUUUACUAAUGAGUUGAAAUUUUAUACUCGUCAUCUCCUGAUCUAUAUAAAAUCCUAACAUCUCGGAUAAUCAUUUCAAAAGUUAUUGCAACAAUUCAGUUCUAUCCUAAUACUUCAUGAAUUUGCAGUUACUGUAGAAAUAGACUGAAUUCCUGGGAAUUCUGUAAGCAAUAGAGGAGAGGGUGCCCGAAAUAGCCUUGCCGUGUAGUCAGACUGAUGAUUAUCUUAAAUAUCACCAUAGAACCU